UCGGCGCCAGUCCCGCUCCGCGCCGCGCCGCUCCGCUCCGGCUGGGGCUCCGGCUCGCCUCGGGCUGGGCUCGGGCUCCGGCGGCGGCGUCCCCCGCUCGGGGCCCCGGGACGGGCGGCGGCGCUCCAACCAUGGCCCGUGCCCAGGCGCUCGUGCUGGCGCUCACCUUCCAGCUCUGCGCGCCGGAGACCGAGACUCCGGCAGCUGGCUGCACCUUCGAGGAGGCAAGUGACCCAGCAGUGCCCUGCGAGUACAGCCAGGCCCAGUACGAUGACUUCCAGUGGGAGCAAGUGCGAAUCCACCCUGGCACCCGGGCCCCUGCGGACCUGCCCCACGGCUCCUACUUGAUGGUCAACACUUCCCAGCAUGCCCCAGGCCAGCGAGCCCAUGUCAUCUUCCAGAGCCUGAGCGAGAAUGACACCCACUGUGUGCAGUUUAGCUACUUUCUGUACAGCCGAGACGGGCACAGCCCUGGCACCCUGGGCGUCUACGUGCGCGUUAAUGGGGGCCCCCUGGGCAGUGCUGUCUGGAAUAUGACUGGAUCCCAUGGCCGUCAGUGGCACCAGGCUGAGCUGGCUGUCAGCACUUUCUGGCCCAAUGAAUAUCAGGUGCUGUUUGAGGCCCUCAUCUCCCCAGACCGCAGGGGCUACAUGGGCCUGGAUGACAUCCUGCUUCUCAGCUACCCCUGCGCAAAGUCCCCACACUUCUCCCGCCUGGGCGACGUGGAGGUCAACGCGGGCCAGAACGCGUCGUUCCAGUGCAUGGCCGCGGGCAGAGCGGCCGAGGCCGAACGCUUCCUCCUGCAGCGGCAGAGCGGGGCGCUGGUGCCGGCGGCGGGCGUGCGGCACAUCAGCCACCGGCGCUUCCUGGCCACUUUCCCGUUGGCUGCCGUGAGCCGCGCUGAGCAGGACCUGUACCGCUGUGUGUCCCAGGCCCCGCGCGGCGCGGGCGUCUCCAACUUCGCGGAGCUCAUCGUCAAGGAGCCCCCCACUCCCAUCGCGCCCCCACAGCUGCUGCGUGCUGGCCCCACCUACCUCAUCAUCCAGCUCAACACCAACUCCAUCAUUGGCGAUGGGCCGAUCGUGCGCAAGGAGAUUGAGUACCGCAUGGCGCGCGGGCCCUGGGCCGAGGUGCACGCCGUCAGCCUGCAGACCUACAAGCUGUGGCACCUCGACCCCGACACGGAGUAUGAGAUCAGCGUGCUGCUCACGCGUCCCGGAGACGGCGGCACUGGCCGCCCCGGGCCACCCCUUAUCAGCCGCACCAAAUGCGCAGAGCCCAUGAGGGCCCCCAAAGGCCUGGCUUUUGCUGAGAUCCAGGCCCGCCAGCUGACCCUGCAAUGGGAACCACUGGGCUACAACGUGACGCGUUGCCACACAUAUACUGUGUCGCUGUGCUAUCACUACACCCUGGGCAGCAGCCACAACCAGAGCAUCCGAGAGUGUGUGAAGACAGAGCAAGGUGUCAGCCGCUACACCAUCAAGAACCUGCUGCCCUAUCGGAAUGUCCACGUGAGGCUUGUCCUCACUAACCCUGAGGGGCGCAAAGAGGGCAAGGAGGUCACCUUUCAGACAGAUGAGGAUGUGCCCAGUGGGAUUGCAGCUGAGUCCCUGACCUUCACUCCACUGGAGGACAUGAUCUUCCUCAAGUGGGAGGAGCCCCAGGAGCCCAAUGGUCUCAUCACUCAGUAUGAGAUCAGCUACCAGAGCAUCGAGUCAUCAGACCCGGCGGUGAACGUGCCGGGCCCACGACGUACCAUCUCCAAGCUCCGCAACGAGACCUACCACGUCUUCUCCAACCUGCACCCAGGCACCACCUACCUGUUCUCUGUGCGGGCCCGCACAGGCAAAGGCUUCGGCCAGGCGGCACUCACUGAGAUAACCACCAACAUCUCUGCUCCCAGCUUUGAUUAUGCCGACAUGCCGUCACCCCUGGGCGAGUCUGAGAACACCAUCACCGUGCUGCUGAGGCCGGCACAGGGCCGUGGUGCGCCCAUCAGCGUGUACCAGGUGAUUGUGGAGGAGGAGCGGGCGCGGAGGCUGCGGCGGGAGCCAGGUGGACAGGACUGCUUCCCAGUGCCACUGACCUUCGAGGCGGCGCUGGCCCGAGGCCUGGUGCACUACUUCGGGGCCGAACUGGCGGCCAGCAGUCUACCUGGGGCCAUGCCCUUUACCGUGGGUGACAACCAGACCUACCGAGGCUUCUGGAACCCACCACUUGAGGCUAGGAAGGCCUAUCUCAUCUACUUCCAGGCAGCAAGCCACCUGAAGGGGGAGACCCGGCUGAAUUGCAUCCGCAUUGCCAGGAAAGCUGCCUGCAAGGAAAGCAAGCGGCCCCUGGAGGUGUCCCAGAGAUCGGAGGAGAUGGGGCUUAUCCUGGGCAUCUGUGCUGGGGGGCUUGCUGUCCUCAUCCUUCUCCUGGGUGCCAUCAUUGUCAUCAUCCGCAAAGGGAGAGACCGCUAUGCCUACUCCUACUACCCGAAGCCGGUGAACAUGACCAAGGCCACCGUCAACUACCGCCAGGAGAAGACACACAUGAUGAGCGCCGUGGACCGCAGCUUCACAGACCAGAGCACCCUGCAGGAGGACGAGCGGCUGGGCCUGUCCUUCAUGGACACCCAUGGCUACAGCACCCGGGGAGACCAGCGCAGCGGUGGGGUCACUGAGGCCAGCAGCCUCCUGGGGGGCUCCCCGAGGCGUCCCUGUGGCCGGAAGGGCUCCCCAUACCACACGGGGCAGCUGCACCCUGCGGUGCGUGUGGCAGACCUUCUGCAGCACAUCAACCAGAUGAAGACGGCCGAGGGUUACGGCUUCAAGCAGGAGUACGAGAGCUUCUUUGAAGGCUGGGACGCCACAAAGAAGAAAGACAAGGUCAAGGGCAGCCGGCAGGAGCCAAUGCCUGCCUAUGAUCGGCACCGAGUGAAACUGCACCCGAUGCUGGGAGACCCCAAUGCCGACUACAUUAAUGCCAACUACAUAGAUAUUCGGAUAAACCGAGAAGGUUACCACAGGUCAAACCACUUCAUAGCCACUCAAGGGCCGAAGCCCGAGAUGGUCUAUGACUUCUGGCGCAUGGUGUGGCAGGAGCACUGUUCCAGCAUCGUCAUGAUCACCAAGCUGGUCGAGGUGGGCAGGGUGAAAUGCUCACGGUAUUGGCCGGAGGACUCAGACACCUACGGGGACAUCAAGAUCACGCUGGUGAAGACGGAGACCCUGGCUGAGUAUGUCGUGCGCACUUUUGCCCUGGAGCGGAGAGGCUACUCUGCCCGGCACGAGGUCCGCCAGUUCCACUUCACAGCGUGGCCGGAGCACGGCGUCCCCUAUCAUGCCACGGGGCUGCUGGCUUUCAUCCGGCGCGUGAAGGCCUCCACCCCACCUGAUGCCGGGCCCAUUGUCAUCCACUGCAGCUCUGACGUGGUCCGGGGCCGCUCUCUCUCCAGCGCGGGCACCGGCCGCACAGGUUGCUAUAUCGUCCUGGACGUGAUGCUGGACAUGGCAGAGUGUGAGGGCGUCGUGGACAUUUACAACUGCGUGAAGACUCUUUGCUCCCGGCGCGUCAACAUGAUCCAGACUGAGGAGCAGUACAUCUUCAUUCAUGAUGCAAUCCUGGAGGCCUGCCUGUGUGGGGAGACUACCAUCCCUGUCAGUGAGUUCAAGGCCACCUACAAGGAGAUGAUCCGUAUUGAUCCUCAGAGUAAUUCCUCCCAGCUGCGGGAAGAGUUCCAGACGCUGAACUCGGUCACCCCGCCGCUGGACGUGGAGGAGUGCAGCAUCGCCCUAUUGCCCCGAAACCGCGACAAGAACCGCAGCAUGGACGUCCUGCCGCCCGACCGCUGCCUGCCCUUCCUCAUCUCCACUGAUGGGGACCCCAACAACUACAUUAAUGCGGCCCUGACUGACAGCUACACCCGGAGCGCGGCCUUCAUCGUGACUCUGCACCCGCUGCAGGGUACCACGCCCGACUUCUGGCGGCUGGUCUACGAUUACGGGUGCACCUCCAUCGUCAUGCUCAACCAGCUGAACCAGUCCAACUCUGCCUGGCCCUGCCUGCAGUACUGGCCAGAGCCAGGCCGGCAGCAGUAUGGCCUCAUGGAGGUGGAGUUUAUGUCGGGCACAGCAGAUGAAGACUUAGUGGCCCGAGUCUUCCGGGUACAGAACAUCUCUCGGUUGCAGGAGGGGCACCUGCUGGUGCGGCACUUCCAGUUCCUGCGCUGGUCUGCAUACCGGGACACGCCUGACUCCAAGAAGGCCUUCCUGCACCUGCUGGCUGAGGUGGACAAGUGGCAGGCCGAGAGUGGGGAUGGGCGCACCAUCGUGCACUGCCUAAACGGGGGAGGACGCAGCGGCACCUUCUGCGCCUGCGCCACGGUCCUGGAGAUGAUCCGCUGCCACAACUUGGUGGACGUUUUCUUUGCUGCCAAAACCCUCCGGAACUACAAACCCAACAUGGUGGAGACCAUGGAUCAGUACCACUUUUGCUACGAUGUGGCCCUGGAGUACUUGGAGGGGCUGGAGUCAAGAUAGCGGGGCCCUGGCCUGGGGCACCCACUGCACACUCAGGGCCAGACCCACCAUCCUGGACUGGCGAGGAAGAUCAGUGCCUCCUGCUCUGCCCAGACACUCCCGUGGGGCAAGCACUGCAGUGGAUGCUGGACUCUCCUGCUCCCCCUUCCACUGUGGGCAGGGCCUUUCGCUUUGUCCCAUGGGCAGGUCGUGGGCCAAGGAGGAGCUUAGCAAGUCUGCAGCCCAGCCCCACCUCCAUAGGGUCCUGCAGGCCUGUGCUGAGAGGCCUGGCGCUGCCUGGCAGAGUGACAAGGGCUCAGGAUGGCCGGCUCGGGGGGACUCAGGCCAAGGCCCUUGGCACCAUCCUGGCUUUUGGCAGGGAUGAGUGAGGCCCUGCAGAGAGCAUCCCGGGCCAAGGUUCCCACUUAGCCUGCCCCCUCUGCAUGUGGGUAGAGGGUGUACUGGGGCUUGGCAUCUGGGAUUCCAUCUGGCCCAGCCCCUGAGGGUCCUGGGGAAGCAGGACUCUGUUCUGAAUAGCCAGUGGGGCACACUGACUGUCCUCCCCAGGGGAACUGCAGCGCCCUCCUCCCCACUGCCCCCUGCAGCCCCUGGGAUAUUUUGCUCACUAUCCCUCCCCACUUCUGCUUCCCUGAUAUGUGCUCUGAGCUUCCCUGAACCAGGAUCUGCCUAUUCCUGCUGUGCCCCAUGGGGGGCUCCUUCCCUGCCUGACCCACUGUUGCAGAAUGAAGCCACCUCGCCCCCCUCUUCCUUUAAUCUUCAGGCCUCACUGGCCUGUCCUGCUCAGCUUGGGCCAGUGACAAUCUGCAAGGCUGAACAAUAGCCCCUGGGGUUGAGGCCCCUGUGGCUCCUGGUCAGGCUGACCAUUAUGGGGAGGGGCAGUGUUAGAGCAGGGCUGGUCAUACCCUCUGGAGUUCAGAGGAAGAGGUAGGACCAGUGCUUUUUUCUUUUGUUAUUUUUGGAUGGGUGGGUGGGAAGGUCUCUUUAAAAUGGGGCAGGCCACACCCCCAUUCCGUGCCUCAAUUUCCCCAUCUGUAAACUGUAGAUAUGACUACUGACCUACCUCGCAGGGGGCUGUGGGGAGGCAUAAGCUGAUGUUUGUAAAGCACUUUGUAAAUAAACGUGCUCUCUGAAUGCCA